AUGGGGGCGCAGCGGGAAGAGGGGCCGCGGCGGCUGUCGGGGGACACGGGGGGGGAGAUGAUGGAGACCCUGGCAGGGGUGUCCGUGCCUCAGUUUCCCCGCGCGUGCCGCAGGUGCCUCCUGGACAAGGACACGUUCUCCAAGUCGGACCCGCUCUGCGUCCUCUACACCCAGGGCGCUGAGAGCAAGCAGUGGCGCGAGUUCGGCCGGACCGAGGUCAUCGACAACACCCUGAACCCCGACUUCGUGCGCAAGUUCAUCCUCGACUACUUCUUCGAGGAGAAGCAGAACCUGCGCUUCGACCUGUACGAUGUGGACUCCAGGAGCCCGGACCUCUCCAAGCACGACUUCCUGGGCCAGGCCUUCUGCACGCUGGGCGAGAUCGUGGGCUCGGCCGGCAGCCGCCUCGAGAAGCCCCUGACGAUGGGCACGGCCCCCGCGCACGCGCGGGGCAGGAAGGCUGCGCCCGCCCUCUCCAACGGGGGCGUCCUCGGGAAGAAGUGCGGCACCAUCAUCCUCCUGGCCGAGGAGCUGGGCAACUGCCGGGACGUGGCCACGCUGCAGUUCUGCGCCAACAAGCUCGACAAGAAGGAUUUCUUCGGCAAGUCCGACCCCUUCAUGGUCUUCUACCGGAGCAACGAAGACGGGACCUUCACCAUCUGCCACAAGACGGAGGUGGUGAGGAACACGCUGAACCCCGUGUGGCAGGCGUUCGCCAUCCCCGUGCGCGCCCUCUGCAACGGCGACUACGACCGGGGAGAGGAGGAGGAGGAGGAGGAGGAAGACGGGAAAAGGCCCACGGAGGUGGUGAACCCCAAGAAGAAGAUGAAGAAGAAGAAGUACCUGCACUCGGGGACGGUGACGCUGCUCUCCUUCGCCGUCGAGUCCGACUGCACCUUCCUGGACUACAUCAAGGGCGGCACCCAGAUCAACUUCACGGUGGCCAUCGACUUCACGGCGUCCAACGGCAACCCGUCGCAGUCCACCUCGCUGCACUACAUGAGCCCCUACCAGCUCAACGCCUACACCAUGGCGCUCAGGGCCGUGGGCGAGAUCAUCCAGGACUACGACAGCGACAAGAUGUUCCCCGCGCUCGGCUUCGGCGCCAAGAUCCCGCCGGACGGGCGCGUGUCCCAUGAGUUCCCACUGAACGGCGACGCUGCCAACCCCUCGUGCAGCGGCAUCGAGGGCAUCCUGGAGGCCUAUCACAAGAGCCUCAAGAGCGUGCAGCUCUACGGCCCCACCAACUUCGCCCCCGUGGUCAACCACGUGGCCCGCGCGGCCGCCGCRGUGCCCGACGGCUCCCAGUACUUCGUGCUGCUCAUCAUCACCGACGGCGUCAUCUCCGACAUGGCGCAGACCAAGGAGGCCAUCGUCAACGCUGCCAAGCUCCCCAUGUCCAUCAUCAUCGUCGGGGUCGGACAGGCCGAGUUCGACGCCAUGGUGGAGCUGGACGGCGACGACGUGCGCAUCUCGUCCCGCGGCAAGGUGGCCGAGCGCGACAUCGUGCAGUUCGUCCCCUUCCGCGACUACAUGGACCGCGCGGGCAACCAGGUGCUCAGCAUGGCCCGGCUGGCCAAGGACGUGCUGGCCGAGAUCCCCGACCAGCUCGUGUCCUACAUGAAGGGCCGGGGCAUCAAACCACAGGCGGCGCCCGAAGCCGCCGGCCCCCCCGCGUCCCCCCAGCCCUGACGCCUCCUGCCACCUCCGCACGGG